AUGAAAGUCUUAGGUAUUUUUAGCAUUAGCACUAUGUGCGCUUUGGUGUGCAAGGCAUCCUCGAUAGAUAGUCAGACCUUAGGUGAAGGUUAUUUCAAAUAUGAAGAGAACGUCGGUCCUCUAGAAGCUAACUUCGACUCGUUUUUAUAUUCUCCCUGUCAGGAUCAAACCUUGGAUAUAUUUAACACGAUUCUAUCGUUCAAGUUCAACUUGAACACGAUUGAGAAGGGCGUUGCAGAUGCAUUUUCUGGGUUUCGAGGCAAAUUGCAAGGCAAAGAAGAGUUCUCAAUGCUUGAUAUAUUUGGUAUAACCGCGGACUAUCUCAGAAGCUUUAAUAUGAAUUUGUUCAACAUAAGUGACAUGAACUUGCGUCAGCGUGUUACCGAGAUGAAAACCCUCUACGUGAGCACACCUAUUCUCCAGCAUGGCGUAAAUUACGCAAAAUUUAUGAUCAAAAGCUCUUCGAAUAACACUAACCUAAACGAAUUUUUCAGAGAGGGAAAGCAAAUGACGACUAAAUUGAUCUCAACCAACCCGGUUCUCGGUUCGAUGGGUAGCGAGAUUAGCAGGAUUGCUGCCUCGAAUGAAACAACGACUCUUCUCCAAAGGUUUCGGUCCCACUGGGCAAAUGCUUCGCCUUUAUGCAUUACAAAUGCGGAAAAUGCCGGAGCAGACACUGCAAACGUUAUGGAUGCUUUCGUAGCACUCUCUCCCUCUCCCGCAUCCGACACUCAAGCUCCAGUGCCGGGCAAUGUACCAAUAACGAUCCCUGAGCAAAUAGGAAUCAACGCCUCGAAACUUCUUACAUCAAAUGCUACCAUUCCUCGUGGUAAUGACACUUCUAAUGUCUCCACUGCGGUGACAUAUUCCAGCGCGGAUAGCUCUUCAGGCAUCGCAUCCCAUCGCAUGUCAUCGUGGUCAAUCAUGGGCGCCGUAGUCGUCGCCUUGAGUAGCGUAUUGCUAUUCUGA